CAAGAAAUUACCACUUUCAAACAAAAUGGCCGUCGUUUUCUAAAACACAGUUUUCUAGUAUUUUUUUAUGGAAAACUCAUAAAUAGAAAUAUCUUUUAAAUCAUGUCGAAAAGAGAUCAGGGUGACAGAAAAUUAGAAACCAAUGAUUAUGAAAACUUGCUCACACAACAUAAUAUUUUCGAGACCACAAGGACUAAACACCAAGAACUACCCAGUUUUCCUGGAUUUUCCAAUGCUGAAACCCAAACAAAGCCUGCUGACAUAAAAACUGAAUCACCACAGCCAGGAAUUGGCACUUGGCAUUACAAUCCCUGGUGGAUGCUUGCCAGUACUUCAAGAAACCUUCCAACUCAAGAUGAAUUCUCUGAAAGUAAUGAUCAAACAAAAGUUAAAAAAGAGCCAUCUGGGCAACCUGGAACUCCUGAUCAUGAUCCUUUACAAACAGAUGUAGAACAAUACCAAUCAGUCAGAACUCCACCACCUGCAGGUCUGGAUUCUUUUUGUGACGAUUGUUCUGAUCCCUUUUGCGACUCUAGUGCUGCUAUGUGUCGAAAACUUUUUCAUUGCCCCCAUUGUAGGAAAAGUUAUCCAACUAUUUUAGAGUUUAAUGCACAUUUAACUCAAGUUCAUGCAGCUCAAAAACCCUUCAGAUGUCAAAUUUGCCUGGAACCAUUUCAUAAGAAGUCAUUUCUGCGCCGGCACCUUGAAGCCAGUCAUACACGUAAGGAUGUAAAUAAGUGCUCAGUUUGUUCUAAAUACAUAAAAGAUAAAAGUAAUCUCCGCAAGCAUAUGCAAGUUCAUACAGGCAGAGUGCCUCAAAAACAGUUCAAAUGUGACCUAUGCAACAAUAAACGCUAUAUGUCACUUGACAGACUUAACAAUCAUAGGGUAGUGUGCACUGGAGAAAAGGUACUGAAAUAUUGUGACAUGUGCCCUAAAGUAUUUGAUAACUCUAGAUCAUUGAACAGUCACAGGAAAGUCCAUGCUCGUGAACUAAAAUGUGACAACUGUGGUGAACAGCUACGUUCAUUAGAACAAUUUACAAACCAUAAACUUAUUUGCCAAGGUACAUCUACAGAUGCUAGUGGAAGCCAGAGUGGUUCCACAAGUGGUGCCGCUUUAAACCGCUGCUGUACACAGCCAGGGAUAUGUGAACAUGACAAACCAGCUUACUUGAACAUACCAGGCUAUGCAGCUGGUAGAGUUCUUGAGGCUACACUUUCAUCUUUAAAAUCAGAGCUGAAUUGAUGACAAUUGCUACAGUAUCAUAUCUGUCACAAAAG